AUGUCAAAGGUAUUUAGGAUAUUUAAACCAUCCAAUGGUUUGAUCAAGCGUUACCAAAGUCAGAUGCAAAACAAUCGCGGCGCUUGGAGAAUGAAGAUUAAGAAACACGCGUUCUAUUUGUCCGGAUAUUACAAAUAUGGGCUCUAUACGCACGACUUAUUUUACGACGAGGACCCUGUGAUAAGAGAGGCAUUACGUCGACUGCCAAUACAAGUGUUAGACGGCAGAAAUUUUAGGCUCAUACGUGGCUCUCAAUUGGACUUUUUGAAAAUACAGUUGCCCAAGGAAAAAUGGAUCACGUUCGAACAAGAUAUGGAUUAUCGAUAUCUGGACCCGUACAUAGAAGAGAUCAAGGCGGAGAGAGACGAGAUUUAUCAGUUUGGUUGCACUAAUUAUUCUGACAACGACUGGCCUAGUUGCGAAGUAAAAUAA